CAAAGAAUCACUAGUUUUUAAGAUCUAUCUAUCAAAGUGUAACCCUAAAACCCAAAUAAAAAUCUACUCGGUGGAAAUCUGAAAACUUAUCGGACCAAAUAACACGCAAAGAACCCUAAAAAUCAAGAAAAUUUCAUCUCGAAAGGUUUAAAAGUUUGUUGAAAUGGAAGGAUUAGGGGGUGAUGCUGCGUCCCCAAUGGCAUCACUAGCCAAGUGGAAGACUGAAUUCUCAAGGGCAUUUCAGUUUUAUCUAGAUAAAUCGACACCGCUUCUUGUUCAUAGGUGGAUCGGGACGCUUGCUGUUGCGGCGAUUUACGUGUUGCGGGUGUAUUAUCUUGCAGGAUUUUACGUCAUCUCUUAUGGUCUCGGGAUUUACAUCUUGAAUUUGCUGAUUGGAUUUCUCUCUCCAAAAGUUGAUCCUGAGUUGGAAGCUUUGGAUGGGGCUUCACUUCCUACAAAAGAAUCUGACGAGUUUAGGCCUUUCAUUCGCCGCCUUCCGGAGUUUAAGUUUUGGUAUGCCAUCACAAAGGCUUUUAUCGUAGCCUUCUUGAUGACAUUCUUUUCUCUAUUCGAUGUCCCCGUUUUCUGGCCAAUACUGCUCUGCUAUUGGAUUGUUCUUUUCGCUCUCACCAUGAAGCGCCAAAUCAUGCACAUGAUUAAAUACAAAUACGUCCCAUUUAGCUUCGGAAAGCAGAAAUACGGCGGAAGGAAGACACCUGCAGCUGGCGGUUCACCAAAUCACCGAGGUUGACUAGGAUUCAGAUUUCAGGAUGAUAGUGUAGCAGUAAACGAGUUCUGAUAUUUUGCUAUUAUAACACAGUAGAAACAACUCUGAUUGCCGAUUAAGCGUAAAUGAUUCUCUAAGAAUAAUACUGUCUGCUGGUUUUAUUACAAUAUAUGCAUCAGUUAACACUUAACAGGUGGCCCUUUUUGUUUGAGAACCUUAUAAUUGCAUAAGGUAUGUAUAAUUACAGUUUUGACCCCACCAAA